AUGGGAAAAACUAUUCACAGUGAAGCAAGGAAUUUAAUCCUUAAGGUGAUGAAAUUUUUCGAAUUAGAGAAAGCUAACAAGCAAUUCGCCAUACCUGUAGAUCAAGUUGUCAAACGAACCUGUGCUGCAACUGGAAUAUCAAAAUCAACUUUGAUGAAUAUAAAAAAGGAGGUAAAAGAAUCACGUCAUGCACCGCCGACUGCUUCAUCGAGUACUAGCCCAAGUACGAGCAACGACAAUCCAAGCAGGGAGAUAAAAUUGUCAACACCGGGUAAGAAGCGAAAGCGAUACAACAAGAAAAUUGAAAUUGAUAAUUUCGACAUCUGUGCUAUAAGGAAUAUUAUUAUCAGUUUUUAUACUGUCCGAAAAGAAAUCCCUACAUUAAAGAAAAUCCUGGCAGUCGCUAAAAGAGAUUUAAAUUUUAAGGGCGAAAAAUCUUUCUUAAGAAAAAUAUUAAUAGACCAGUUGGGAUAUAAAUUCAAAAAAUGCAAAAAUGCCCGUACGGUGCUUAUUCAAAAGCCAGAUAUUGCCGCUUGGAGGGCUCGCUACCUGCGCCGAAUGAAAGAAAAUAAUAAUCUUGGUGCAGAUAAAAAACCUGUUACCUACCUUGACGAAACGUGGAUCCAUUCACACUAUACGGUAAAUAAAUGUUGGCAAAACAGUACCGACAGCAGCGUGAAAAAAAAUUUUAAUCCCGGACAAAGAUGGAUUCUUGUGCAUGCUGGGGGAGAAAACGGCUUCAUUCCGGGUGCAGAGUUGCUAUAUAAAUGCAAACAAACAACUGGCGACUAUCAUCAUGAGAUGGAUACAGAUAACUUUGUAAAAUGGCUGAAAGAAAAGUUAAUACCUAACUUACCGCCGAACGGUAUAGUUGUCAUUGACAAUGCGCCUUACCACUCAAGGCAAUCAAUAAAGGCACCCACAAGCGCGUCUCUAAAAGCUGAUAUGCAAAACUGGUUGCGUGAUAAUAACAUUCCUUUCGACGAAAAGAUGACGAAAAAGGAAUUGUAUCCUAUUAUCUUAAGGACAAAGCCGCCAAAAAAAUAUGUUGUCGAUGAACUGAUGCAAGAGCAUGGUCAAGAAAUAGUACGUCUGCCACCCUAUCACUGUGAUUUAAAUCCUAUAGAAUACAUUUGGAAUCUAGUGAAACAAAGGGUGGCAGACAAAAAUGUUAAUCAAUCAGAGAAAGAAAUAGAAAAACUGACAAGAGAUGCACUUAGUUCUAUUACACCUUCCGACUGGAAAAAGGAAGUAAAACACAUUGAACGACUUCAGCGAGAGUAUUGGGAAAAAGACCAUCUCGAAGAAAAUAAUGUACGAGAAAUUAUUAUAUCCCUAGGGGAAGAAAGUUCGGACAGUGACAUAAGUGAUGGGGAUAGCGACAAUGAAGAAGAAGAUUCAAUGACUGGCAUAGAACCAAUCGUAUAUUCUGACGAUGAUUUAUAA